AUGCCCAUCAAACAGAUACAGCCAAGUGCACUCCUCAACCUUCCAAUCGAGAUCCUCCUCCUGAUAGCGAACCUUCUGGACACGCGAGACGUCGGCUCAUUUCUCCGCACGGCACGGAGAUACGCCAGCAUCCUCGAUUCGCAUAUGUAUCAACGAGCGCGCAGCCAUAUCUGCGCCGACGGAAACUCCGUCCUUGGAUGGGCCGCGAAAAGGAACCAAGCACCUGUAAUCCAUAAGCUCCUAAGGAAAACCAGCGAUGCGCCAAUUCCGCUCGGAGUGAAAACCAAAGCACUAUGUCUCGCCGCAGAGGCCGGAAUGCAUCGCAUCAUCGAGCUUUUGGUGGACGCCGGUGCGAAUCCGUCGUCUGCGAUAGAUAUGGGACGGAGCUCGACAUGUAGCGCGCUUCAACUCGCCGCCGAGAAUGGCCAUGAGACAGCCGUCCAGGCACUCUUGGGAAUGGGGGCGGAUAUCGCUGCGACUAAUUCAACCCGAGAGACCGCUCUCCACUAUGCGGCCCGCGGGGGACGGGAAAGUGUUACGAGACUGCUUCUGGAGAGGGGAGCUGAUGUGGCGGCGUUAACGACCAGUCGGGAGACAGCACUGCAUUAUGCGGUUUUGGGUAGGAAUGAAGCGGUUGUGAAGCUGCUCCUGGAGAAGGGAGUAGAUCUAGAGGCAACUUCGGAUAUUGGGCAAACAGCGUUGUUUUGUGUAUUUGGUGUGAAGAGUGCUAGCAGCGAGUCCGUUCUUGACCUGCUUCUGGCGAAGGGUGCAAAUGUGGCUGUAUCUGAACCUUUUCGCUCCUUGACACCACUACACUUUGCUGUACAGGAUGGCAAUGAAUGGGCUGUUAGGUCACUCUUGGCGCAUGGGGCGGAUGUGAUGGACUGGGGGGUGGAUGUCUCUGCUGUUGCGGUUGGAGAGAAUGAUACACCACGGAAUUUUGCAGAAUGGAGUGGCCAUGAAGCAAUUACAAGGCUUCUAGACGAGGCAGCCACGCAGCGUGUGAAAGAUUGA